AUGAAUUUGGCUCCGUCGCUCACCUGUGUUGGAUGUACAGGUGCAUUUAUUCGUAUGGUAUAUCCGUUUCCAUAUGAAUUCAGAUUCGUACAAGUCUUCGAGGCUGCCACCGACAACCCCGCCCUCACGUUCCGCCUUCGGGGUCCCCUGGCAGGAGACGACCCUCGCGUCCUGUCGUACCUGAAGGAGCACCACCUCGCCCCGCCCUCGACGCUGCCCUACAACCUGUCGACGGAGCUCGAGUACGGCUCGCAGAAGCACCUCCUGAGCUGGCCGUGGAUCCGCGAGCGCUUGGGCCUCCUCUUCGCCGACGAGCCUCCGGGCUUCUUCGUGGAGGCGGGGGCCCUCGACGGCGAGUUCCUCUCCAACUCCCUGUGGCUCGAGAAGGACCUCGGCUGGUCGGGCCUGCUGGUGGAGGCAGAGGACGCCAACUACGCGGCGCUCGCCCUCAAGAGGAGGAAAGCCUGGACGUCCAACACCUGCCUCUCCACGGAACCCUUCCCUAAGCAGACGUUGCUGGUGACGCGGGCGAACAGAACCAUCGGCUUUGCGCUCGAUUUCAGCAACAAACAUCGCCUCUACGCUUGCUCGCGCGGCCCUCCUCGCUGGCCUUUUAUCAUCUCAGCAGAACUGGAGGCUCAUGACACCAGUGUGAAAAGGGAAGCAACUCAAGCAGAACGACUAGCUGUGACUCUGCGAUAUCUGGCUACAGGAUCUUGUGGGAGAACAAGUGAUGCAGGGAAACGUGGCAAGCACUGCUUACGUGAGGGCAUAGAAGCCGAUUUGUUUAAAUGUACCAAGGCCAUCUCCUCUGGCAUUCUCCUCUGUCCCUUUAUCAUUGUCUUCGUCGGCAAGCGGCCCCCUUCCAGCAAGUCUUCGAACUGGUGGAUGGUGAAGGGAGUCAGCCACGAGAUGGGCGUGCAGCUCGCGGUCGCUUCCGGAGUCGUCGAGAGGUCGCGGUCGUCUUACAAGAUGGUCCAGUGCUUCCCUCUGGCGUCGUACCUCUUAGCUCUCGGCGUGACCUCGCCUGACCUCCUCUCCCUCGACGUCCAGGGGGCAGAGAUCGGAGUCAUCACGUCGCUGGACAAGUUUAACGUGUCCUUCAGAGUGGUCGUAGCGGAGUACGAGAAAGUCGAAUUCAACUACGACUUCGUCCAGCUGAUGAACGACCGCGGAUACAUCCUCACAGACGCCGCGGACGACUACAUUUUCAUCAAGAAGAACGACCCCCUUUUGCGAAAACUCCGAGGGCCGCCGCUGCAGACGAGGGUCGACGCGGGUGAGGAGAUCGUCCUUGAGCAUUUUUCGAUUUGAGUUUUAUCUAAGUUUUCUUGACUUGGAAGUGGACGAAGCAUUUAGUGCUUUGAUUAUCUUGUUUAUCUUGGUUCUUGUUGAUAGUUUUAUUUGUCAUUUGUUUGAUUGUUAUUAUAAUGUUCUUUUUUGUUUUUGUUUUUUUGAGAUAUUUAGCUAGAGUAUUUGCGAUCAUUAGUAUGACUGACUAUGCAAAUAUAAAUGAAUCUUUACCACUUUAUUAUUAAAUCGUCACUGCUAUGUUAUUAUUUCUCUAUAUAGGAUUUUCAUUAUCUUUUUUUUUUUUUUUUACCAUAGUGAUUUAUGUGUGUUCUCUAAUCUAUAGAGUUUGCAGUGACAUGAGA